AGUGAAUAAGUUGAUAUCGUGGCACACGUCGCUCAUUAAGUUUUGACUUUGGCAGCACCUGUGAGGGUUCAGUAUAUUUGAAAUCUCGGAAGAGCCGGUAAUGGAAAACAAGUUGGACGCGUUGUGUCGGGUGUGUGGCGACAAAGCGUCGGGCAAACACUAUGGAGUACCCUCUUGCGACGGCUGCAGAGGAUUUUUCAAGCGGAGUAUCCGACGGAAUUUGGAUUACGUGUGUAAAGAAAAUGGACGAUGCGUUGUCGACGUCAGCAGACGAAAUCAAUGUCAAGCCUGUCGGUUUUCCAAAUGUCUUCGUGUGAAUAUGAAAAAAGAUGCGGUACAACACGAGCGAGCGCCGAGGCCUGUGGUGAACCAACAUCAGUUCGCAUUACAGAAACUUAGCUACAAUUUGACAAGACAACCCCCUUUUUUCCCUGGAUAUACCCCGGCAACAUUCUCCACAUUUACCCCCUACGCCUACAACACAAUAAAUGAAAGAAAUCAUAAUAUAUUUUUAGACAAUCAUUCAUUUCAAAACCUUCCAAGAGUGCCUGACACGAUGGAUAUCCAGAACUUUGGUCCUAUUCUCAAUAACUCAAAUCCACUACAUUCACUCAAUCCUUUUAAGGUUCCCUUUUUUACAUCUCCAGUACAAUAUUCCGUUCCGCAUGCAGGAUAUUUAUCUACAAAUAUUUUUUACCCUCCGAUAUUGCCUGCAGAAAAUAAUCAAAACGCGUGUGUGGAUUCAAAAAAGACAUUAACAAAUAGUCAACAUUCACCUAAAUACCAUGCGUCAUUUCACAGUAAUGUGUCAGAGCAACCGGACUCACAACGAACUGACAAAAUAAAAGAAGAUGAAGUAUCUAGUUCUGAAGAAGCUUGCAAAACUGACGGCAACAACGAAGAAUAUAAUAACAGCAGUCACGGAAACCUGACUUUUGAUUCACCUUUACCCUAUGCUGGUAAAAAUUCGGAAAAGUCAAACUCUGCAUUGAAUAUCGAACAAAGUAAUACCAUACUCGUAGAACGCGCAAAACUUUUCAAGACUGUCCAACAAGCGGAGACCACAUUGAAAAAUGUCGAUGAACACGUUGGUAAUAAAAUAAAAUUUCAAAACCCGUUGCUAAUGGGCAUAGAAUUGUACGACCCUGCUGCGAAACUGUUAGUUACUACUGUAAAGUGGUUACACAGUGUCACGUCUUUUGAACAAAUCUCCCAAAGCGAACAGACAUCGCUACUACAGAGCAAUUGGAAGGAGCUGUUUAUUUUGCACGCCGCACAAUAUUCGUUCUAUUUUGACGAAGAUCACGUGUCAUCGGUUAUCACUUCGAAGCGGCCACAUAUCAAAGAGGAACUUAGAAAAUUGAUUGCUCUUCAAAAAAGAAUUGGACAGUGUCGAUUAGAUAAAACAGAGUUUGAUUGCUUAAAAACUGCUUUACUAUUUAGAACAGAUUCAUUGGAAAUCACAAACACACAAAUGGAAAUAUCUCAAGAGAAGGUGCUAGUACAGCUUCAGAGACAUUGUGCGGGAAAGGAGUCCUCAAGAUUCGGCAGACUCAUGUUGCUACUGGCGAGCGUGUGUUGUAUCGCUAACUGCGGUUUCCUGGAACACCUACUCUUUUCGACUACCUCCGUUGACGACAUCAACGCGGUACUUUCUCGAAUCCUCAUUUAUACUUCAGCGUGAUUUAUUAUAACGUUUAAUUUUUAUGUAAAUAUGAUCAUACAUAUCGGUAAUAGAUAGCGUGUUGUCCUUCACAUAGCAUGUAUAAGUAAAUUUGAAACUUGAUAUUUUGACGUUUCGUACCACGUUUGUGCAGCUCUGUUGUUUACCUUCAAAUUAGUGUUGAAAAUUUUACCGACCUCAGAUAAUUCUUCUUAGUUUUCUCAAGUUUGUCAGUAAAUGUUGAAAAAAACUUAUAAAAUUAAUAAUUAUGCAAUAAUUCUAGUCAUUUUCAGUAGGUUUUAAUUGGCAAGUAAAAUUUUAACUUAAAA